AGAAUCAGAUCAACUAUCACUUGUCACCCAUCAAUCAAGUUCUGUGUCUUUUUAUAAACUCCUUUUCCUCUCUCAUGCGAGCUUCACUUUACUGAGACGAGAGCUUCAAAUUUCAAUCUUGAUUGAGACUUUUUCAUGUUUCUUGAUUCUUAAUCCCAGAUGAAGAAUCUCGGGUUGUUCGAAAUUCUUUUGCUUUUCUGGCUCUUUGUCUCCACCCAUAUAGUUUCUGUUUCAUGUCUAAACUCAGAUGGCUUAACUCUACUCUCGCUCCUGAAGCAUUUGGACAAAGUACCAAAAGAAGUAACUUCGACAUGGAAGAUAAACGCAUCUGAAGCCACUCCAUGUAAAUGGUUCGGUAUCACUUGUGACGAAUCUAAUAAUGUUGCGUCUCUCAACUUCACUCGCUCUAGGGUUUCAGGCCAAUUGGGUCCUGAAAUCGGGGAGCUCAAAAGCUUGCAGAUUUUGGAUCUGAGUACCAACAAUUUCUCGGGAACUAUACCUUCCAGUUUAGGAAACUGCACUGAACUCGUUUAUCUGGAUUUGUCUGAAAACGAGUUUUCUGGUAAGAUUCCAGACACACUCGGUAACUUGAAGAGCUUGAUGGAUCUCUAUCUUUACAUAAACUACCUCACUGGUGAGUUACCUGAAUCCUUGUUUCGAAUUCCGGGGUUGCAGACUUUACAUGUUGAGUAUAACAACCUAACCGGUCCGAUUCCUCAAAGUAUUGGUGAGUCUAAGGAAAUGUUGGACCUUCGUAUGUUUGAGAAUCAGUUUUCUGGUAACAUCCCUGAGUCGAUUGGGAACUGCAGUAAGCUGGAGAUUCUAUAUCUGCACAAGAACAAGUUAUCUGGUUCGUUGCCUGAAACUUUCAACAUGAUGGAGAAUCUCAUUGACCUGUUUCUUGGUAACAACAGCCUAAGUGGGCCAAUUCGUCUCGGUUCAACAAAUUGCAAGAAGUUGUCGACUAUAGAUCUGUCCUACAAUCAAUUCGAAGGUGGUGUUCCUCCUGAAUUGGGGAACUGUAGUAACCUUGACGUUCUAGUCAUUGUGAGUGGUAACUUAUCAGGUACGAUCCCUUCAUCGUUAGGUAUGUUGAAGAAGCUUAAGAUUAUUAAUCUCUCCGAGAAUCGUCUCUCUGGGAGUAUCCCUGCAGAGCUUGGGAACUGUAGUAGCUUGAGCUUGUUGAAGCUCAACAAUAACCAGCUUGGAGGCGUGAUACCAAGUACAUUGGGAAAGCUCAAGAAGCUAGAAAGUCUUGAGCUUUUUGAGAACCGGUUUUCUGGCGAGAUUCCUGUUGAGAUAUGGAAGAUACAUAGUCUUGCGCAGUUGCUAGUUUACCAAAACAAUCUCACAGGGGAGCUACCUGUGGAAAUGACCGAGCUGAAGCGUUUAAAGAUCGUUACGCUCUUCAACAACAGCUUUUAUGGAGAGAUACCAUCAGGUUUAGGUGUGAACAGCAGCCUAGAAGAAGUGGAUUUUAUUGGUAAUAAACUUACAGGAGAGAUACCGCCGAAUCUAUGCCAUGGAAAGAAGUUGACAGUGCUCAAUUUGGGUUCUAAUCGGCUUCAUGGUAAGAUACCGACUUCUAUUGGUCACUGUAAGACCAUCAAGAGAUUCAUCCUCAGAGAAAACAACCUCUCAGGUCUUCUUCCUGAGUUUUCUCAGGAUCAUAGCCUUUCAUUUCUCGAUUUCAACAGCAACAACUUCCAAGGACAAAUCCCGCGUAGCCUCGGAAGCUCUAGGAAUCUCUCGAGCAUCAACUUGUCUCGAAACAAGCUCACGGGGCAUAUACCUCCAGAACUUGGGAAACUACAGAAUCUUGGAUACCUGAAUCUUUCACAUAAUCUUCUUGAAGGCUCUCUACCAUCUCAGCUGUCUAACUGCGUGAGCAUAGAGCGUUUUGAUGUUGGUUUCAACUCGUUAAACGAUUCGAUUCCUUCAAACUUUAGUGCCUGGAAAGGCUUGGCCACUUUAGUUCUCAGUGAAAACCGGUUUUCAGGAGGCAUUCCCUUGUUCUUGCCUGAGCUUGUAAAGCUCUCAGAUCUGCAGAUUGCUCGGAAUGCUUUUGGUGGUGAGAUUCCUUCGUCGCUUGGUUCGUUGCAGAAUCUGAUCUAUGGUUUGGACCUGAGUGGAAACGGAUUAACAGGCGAGAUUCCAGCCAAGUUAGGAGAUCUUGACAGACUAACACGACUCAACAUAUCCAACAACAAGCUUACAGGCUCUUUAUCAGUUCUUGAAGAUCUUAAAUCAUUGCUUCACGCUGAUGUCUCCAACAAUCAGUUCAAUGGUCCAAUACCGGGAAGCUUAAAGGAUCAGUUGAUCUCUGAUCCGUCGUCGUUUUCAGGAAAUCCCAACCUCUGCAUUCCACAUUCCUUCCCUGUUAUCAACAAUAGCCGCAGCGACUUCACUUACUGCGACGAUCAAUCAAGAAACGGAAAAAGUGGCCUAAGCACCUGGAAAAUCGCGCUUAUAGCGGUCUUAUCCUCUUUACUCGUCUUGGUUUUGGUUCUUGGUCUUGUUUUCAUUUGCCUGCGUCGUCGAAGAGGAGCUCCACAGAAAGAAGCCUAUGUCUUCACCGAGGAAGGCCCAUCUUUGUUGCUGAACAAAGUUCUUGCAGCAACAGACAAUCUAAACGAAAAAUACAUCAUCGGAAGAGGAGCUCACGGGAUUGUUUACAGAGCAUCUAUGGGCUCAGGCGAUGUCUACGCCGUGAAGAGACUCGUCUUCGCGUCUCACAUCCGAGCAAACCAGAGUAUGAUGAGGGAGAUAGACACAAUAGGGAAAGUCAGGCACAGGAACUUGAUUAAGUUAGAAGGGUUUUGGCUGAGGAAAGAAGACGGCUUGAUGCUGUAUAGAUACAUGCCAAAAGGAAGCCUUUACGACGUUCUUCACGGUGUUAGCUCGAAAGAUAAUGAGCUAGACUGGUCUGCAAGGUACAACGUCGCGCUUGGUGUCGCUCACGGACUUGCCUAUCUACACUAUGACUGUCAUCCUCCGAUUGUUCACCGUGACAUUAAACCGGAAAACGUACUCAUGGACUCGGAUUUGGAGCCUCACAUUGGAGAUUUCGGUUUAGCUCGCCUUCUCGAUGGCUCAACGGUCUCAACUGCCACUGUUACUGGCACCACCGGUUACAUCGCACCAGAAAACGCUUUCAAAACCGUGAGGGGAAGAGAAUCUGAUGUUUAUAGUUACGGAGUUGUGUUGCUUGAGCUAGUUACGAGGAAGAGAGCAGUGGACAAAUCGUUCCCGGACAGUAUGGAUAUAGUAAGCUGGGUGAGAUCUGUCUUGAGCAGCAGCAGCAACAACAAUGUUGAUGACAUGAUAACGACUAUCGUCGAUCCGAUUCUCGUGGACGAGCUUCUGGAUUCGAAUCUUAGGGAACAGGUGAUUCAGGUGACGGAACUGGCACUGAGUUGCACGGAGAAAGAUCCGGCGAGGAGACCGACGAUGAGAGAUGUGGUCAAAGUGUUGUGCGAUGCGAAAGGUCUUGUAAGAGAUGAUUCAGUUCGCUAGUACAGAGCACAAGGAAGUGCGGCGGGAUGUUAUUACUUAUGUAGUGUGUGUGUGUGUGUUUUGUUUCAAGUUUUUAACUAGAAGUAAUGUAACUCAGCCCAUAAUGUAAAUAUGGGCCUAACUAAGGCCCAACUAUGAUGGCCCUCUAUUUGAAAUUCCGCAAGUCGACUCGUAUAUGAUAAAAUCAAUUUUAA